UUCGUCUCCUCCACUGCUUCACUCACAGUCCGAAAAUUAAAGGGAAAAUAAGAAGAGGAGAAGCCCAUGAAGCUGUUAACCGGCGGCGAUUUCCUCAGAAACCCUGGCUUUAUCAAGAUCUCCGCCCUCGUUUUCAUCUCCGUUGCCUGCUUCUUCCUCGGGAAGCAGUCAUCCGGCUAUGAAUUUCCUCAGCUCAUCUUCUUCUCCGCCGCUCCUUCGCGAUCCCCCAUUGUUGCUCUGUCUCCGGACUUCGGUAAAACCUAUAACAUCUCCGCUUUGAUUUCUCGGAGCCGAGCUCAAACCAAAACCCCCACCCCGCCGGUAAUUCUGCCUUCUCCGCCGCCGCCGCAAUGGGUGGACGUGAAGACCUUCGGGAUCGUUAAUGAGAAUGGGACGAUGUCGGAUCAGUUCCAGAUUGGGGAGUAUGACACGGGGUCGGUGGAUGCGUGGGGGAAUAUGACGGAGAUCGAGAACGGUGGUGGUGGUGGUGGUGGUGGUGGUGAGAGUGAAUCUAGGGUUAGAGUUGGUGUGAAGAAAUUCAAGAUGUGCAUGGAGAAUAUGACGGAGUAUAUACCAUGUUUGGAUAACGUAGAGGCGAUAAGGAGGCUCAAUUCAACGGAGCGUGGAGAACGGUUCGAGAGGCAUUGUCCCGAGGAAGGGAAAGGGUUGAAUUGCAUUGUUCCCACGCCCAAAGGAUACCGUACUCGGAUCCCAUGGCCGAGAAGCCGUGAUGAGGUGUGGUUCAACAAUGUUCCACAUACUCGACUUGUUGAAGACAAAGGGGGUCAAAACUGGAUUUUCAGAGAGAAUGACAAAUUCAAGUUUCCUGGAGGUGGUACCCAGUUUAUACAUGGGGCUGAUAAGUACUUAGAUCAGAUUUCCAAGAUGGUUCCUGCUAUCGGAUUUGGCAAUCAUACACGAGUUGCUCUGGACAUUGGGUGUGGUGUGGCAAGUUUUGGUGCCUAUCUAAUGUCCAGAAAUGUCUUGACUAUGUCCAUAGCUCCAAAAGACGUUCACGAGAACCAAAUACAAUUUGCUCUCGAGCGUGGUGUUCCAGCAAUGGUGGCAGCAUUCACAACAAGGCGAUUAUUGUACCCAAGUCAAGCUUUUGAUUUAGUUCAUUGCUCGAGAUGUAGAAUCAACUGGACUCGUGAUGAUGGAAUCUUGCUUCUUGAGGUCAAUCGCAUGCUUCGUGGUGGAGGAUACUUUGCUUGGGCAGCACAGCCGGUGUAUAAGCAUGAACAAGUCUUGGAAGAGCAGUGGGAAGAGAUGCUAAACCUUACUGCUCGACUCUGCUGGGUUCUUGUAAAGAAGGAAGGAUAUAUAGCAAUCUGGCAGAAGCCCGUGGAUAACGACUGCUAUCUUAGUCGUGAUACUGGAAUCAUGCCUCCUUUAUGCAGCUCUGAAGACAACCCCGAUAACGUUUGGUAUGUGGAUCUGAAGGCAUGCAUCACUAGGAUUCCUGAGAAUGGAUAUGGAGUGAAUCUUGCUCCUUGGCCUACUCGUUUACAGACCCCACCAGAUAGGCUACAGACCAUACAAAUCGAUUCUUAUUUGGCCCGGAGAGAGCUCUUCAAGGCUGAAUCAAAAUACUGGGAGGAAAUAGUAUCAAGUUACGUCAAGGCCUUACACUGGAGGGAAAUGGGACUCAGAAAUGUCUUGGACAUGAGAGCUGGCUUUGGCGGAUUCGCGGCUGCAUUAAUAGAGCAAAAACUCGAUUGUUGGGUUCUGAAUGUAGUCCCUGUCAGUGGCCCCAACACAUUGCCUGUGAUAUACGACCGUGGACUCCUGGGAGUUAUGCAUGAUUGGUGUGAACCUUUCGAUACAUACCCAAGAACCUAUGAUUUACUGCACGCGUCAGGUCUCUUCUCCAUCGAGAGAAAAAGGUGCAAUAUGACGACAAUCAUGCUAGAGAUGGAUAGAAUUCUGAGACCAGGAGGACGAGUAUACAUAAGGGACGUAACCGAAGUCAUAACCCAUCUUCAAGAGAUUGCGAAGGCAAUGCGUUGGCGCUCUUCUCUGCGCGAGACGGCAGAGGGCCCUCAUGCCAGUUACCGGGUCCUUGUUUCCGACAAGCCCUUCCUCUGAUCCUAAAUCUUCAAUUCUAUCAGGAAAAGACAGAUGGCCGAAUAGGAGAGAACAAGAAAGAUAGCAAAGGCAUUAGCGCGUGUGGUUUGAUUUGAUUAUGAUUUCAUUGAUUUUUUUUUUUUUCAUAAUUUUUCAACAUAGAAUUUGUAUAAGAACCAAUGUUCUUCAUUUGAUCCAU